UCUUAAUGCGUUUUCUGGGUUUUAAUUAAUUUUUUUAACUUGGGCUCUAGCCCGUGACGAGUGGCGAAUGGAAUCCGCUACGAGGGAGCUCGGGCGUACAGGUACACCUCAGAAAAUGCGCAGCUCCUCAGACGUGCUUGUUUUGCACGAUGCCCCACAUAGGGCUGACUAAAGGUGAACGGAGAGCCGCGUUCAUUGCUUAUUAUUUUAAGAUCUUCAGCCGACCAACACAGGGAUACCUGCAUGAUGCAAAUCUGCUCCGGACACUGCUGUGUCUGCUGAAAUGCUCGAAUUAGCCGGAGGUGAUGGGAUCUGCCUAGCAUAUUGAUACGGUUCAGCUACUGCAUGCAUCCCGGCGACCUCUUCUUGUGCCAGCAUCGACAGCUCAGGUGAAGCGCGAAUACCGUUUUUCUAUCAUAGUCGCCGAAUUUUUAACGAAAUAGCAUGUUUUUUGUGCAAGUACAGUUUGAAUGUUGGUAAAACGACGCGCAUGCGUUGGUCUUGGAAUAAUUGUGCAGCCUGUGACAAAGUUGCAUUCCUCAAAUCUUCGCUCAAAGUCAUCUAUCUCUCUGAUCAAAGUUAGUGAUGUGUACGGCUUUGGACCGCGGACGCUGGGGGAUUUUUUGUAUUUUCCUAAUGGUCGCCAUGGUCUGCGGCGCUCAAAGGUGAGAUCCCACGGGUGUGAUGUCUUGUUUCUGCCUGUCCCUUACUCUGCAGUUUUUGAUUAAGAUUCUGAAUCAAUACCAUAUAUUUUCCCUUUAGCGCCAACGAGCCUAGCAACAUGUCAUUUGUGAAAGCGACCGUGGACAAACUGCUAAAGGGGUAUGACAUUCGUCUGAGGCCUGAUUUUGGAGGUAAACUCCUUUUGUCGGGGUGAAGUCUACCGAAUGUUGGCUAAUAACUAAUAACAAGUCGCAUGCAGAUUCAUUUGUCGUGCCAGCGAGCUGGCUGAUUAAAAUGCCACUGAUACCUGUGUUUUACGUGCGAUUUAAAGGUGCCCCUGUGGACGUUGGAAUGAGCAUAGAUAUCGCAAGUAUCGACAUGGUUUCUGAAGUCAACAUGGUAAGUAGCCUACCUAAUGUUUUUUUUUUUUUGUAAGGGAGAGAUGUGCCUCGUGCAACAGAUGUUAGUAUGAGAACGCUGAACACAUGAUAACCG